AUGGCAUUUGAACUUCCUCAGCUAGACUCUGAAUUAAGGACUGAAUUGGAGGUGAUUAUUCAGAACAAGACAUUUGAUGAGUCCAAAUCCCAACUACAAUGGAAUGAUGGAAUAUUGCCGAAACUUAUAACGCGAUUAAAUGAAUUGGCGGCACUAUCGAAAGACGGAGACCGAUUUGGUAAUCCCAAAGGAAUUGAUUUUAUAGCUGAAAUAGAGGCAACCAAUGAAACAAUAACCCAUCAUUUAGCAGAACAAAUGAGUUCGUCGCCACCGUUCACUAUUCACAGACUUGCAGAAUUGAUUGUUGAUCCCAAUAGUCAAGGCUACACCAUAACCAAUAAUGACCAGCUUUUCAAAUAUUUCAAUUCUUUGAAAAAAGUGUGCAUUGUUUCAUCAAGAAUAUCAGAGUUUCCACCAGUUAGGAUAGGUAAUGAGACGAAUGGUCAUGACAAAAAAGAGAGUAUUGGUUUGGUCGCUGAGAACGUGUCGCUUGUGGAGAUUCCUUGGUUAAAGACAUCUAAGAAAGACGAGGUUACCCAUGCUACCAUUAAUGAUUCGCCACCUCUUAAGCGUAAGGGAGAAGAGGAAGAUUGUAUCGUACCUAAAAAAGGUAAAAGUUAG